GCUGUUAAAGUUUCCUCCUCCUGUAAUCAAGCAUCAUCAUGUCUGGGCGUGGAAAGGGCGGCAAGGUGAAGGGGAAGUCCAAGUCCCGCUCCAGCAAGGCCGGCCUUCAGUUUCCUGUAGGAAGGAUUCACCGCCUUCUGCGUAAGGGCAACUUCGCCGAACGUGUGGGCGCUGGUGCGCCCGUGUACAUGGCCGCGGUCAUGGAAUACCUUGCAGCUGAAAUCCUGGAAUUGGCAGGAAAUGCCGCCCGUGACAACAAGAAGAGCCGCAUCGUCCCCCGUCACCUGCAGCUGGCCAUCCGUAACGACGAAGAGCUCAACAAGCUGCUGUCUGGCGUGACCAUUGCCCAGGGCGGCGUCCUGCCCAACAUCCAGGCUGUGCUCCUGCCCAAGAAGGCGGAGAAGUAGAUGGCUGCCUCUUUCAACUUAUUAGAGAAAUUAGUGAUUAUACUAGACCAAAAAAAAAAGCCUAUUCGUAGUUGAUCUUUGACAUAUCAUUCAAUAAAAAAACUUCUUAUAGGGUCUGACAUCAUGAAAAUAUAUUAUUAUAGUGUGUAAGUGAGAGUAUAUAUCCAAUAA